UUCAGCCUGCGUCCUCUGGAACCUGACAGCCAGGGCUACUUAUAUCCUGCCUUGAGUGUGCUCAUUUAUAUCCAUCUCAGACUCCGUGUUUGUUGUUAGCAGAUGUCUUAGGAUUCUGGAGCUCCUAAUUCAUUGUGGGGGAUGGAAAUGCCAGAAGAAAGUUCAGCUGCUGACCCAACAAUCAGAUUACAAGAUGAUGGACAUGGCAUAUAUCAACAAAAAUUGGAAAUGCAGCGAAAUAUUCAUGAGAAGAAACAGAGAAGGAAACGCCUGGAUCCUCUAAUGCUUCAAGCCAAUCCAGAUAUGAAAAUGAAGCCAUGGAGGUCUCCAAAGCCUGAGGAAGUACUACUGGUGGAGUCAUGCACUGUGUCCAGCAUAUAUUCAGGGAUUACCAAUCCCACCAUAUUAGAUGGAAUACAUGCAAGUCCCAGUCCAAAGACCUGCACAAAGAAUAUGAAGGUUGAUCCCAAGAUAGAGAAGAAGAUGGAACACCAUGGAGCUGAGAUUUCUGAUGAUGAUUUGGAAGAGAUGAUACUUGAAGACACCAGACCCCUAACUAGAAAGAAAGAACAAGUCCAAGCCAAACCAAAGCAGAAGACCAAGACCAAGGCGGGGAAACAUGAUGUCAAGGAAUCCAAGAAAACAUCACCCAAGGUGUCAAAGACUCGUCGAGCACCAGCUUCUCUUGCUCAUGAUUGUGAGAAGGAGAAUACACCACAGAACAAAGGCGUUGAUAUACAACCUCAAGAUUCCAUUCAAGAAAUAACAUCUGAUAAGCUGGUUGCUUUUAAGAAUUCCAGUGAUGAAGAGAAUUCAGUGAGUGUAGGGAACAGAACAGUUCCUCCUGCUCCUGUGAAACAACGCCAUAAAAAGAAGCCACAGAAAACAGUAAAAUCCAGAAGAAGACAUAUUUCCAAUGAAGGAGAUACUAACGGAACAGAAGACAAUGACUUUGAUGAAGAUUCUGAUAUCCUUAGCAGUGUGGUUUAUACAAGACCAAUGUCUUCUUUGAGUAAGGAGGAAGACUCACCGAUUGCUGCACCUCUUGAAAUUGAUGAUUUGAAAGACUUUGCUUUACGCCCAGCUCCCCAAAGUAUGACUUUGCAGUGCCGCAUCACUAGGGACAAAAAGGGAGUAGACAGAGGACUUUACCCUACCUACUACCUUCAUCUAGAGAGAGUUGAUGGGAAAAGACUUUUCCUCAUGGCUGGAAGAAAGAGGAAGAAAAGCAAAACCUCCAAUUAUCUCAUCUCAGUGGAUCCCACAGACCUCUCACGAGGAGGAGAAAGUGUGAUUGGAAAAGUCAGGUCAAACAUGCUUGGAACCAAGUUCACGAUAUUUGACAAUGGAGUAAACCCUGACAAGCAACCCUUUGUGCAGGAGAGGGAAUCCCUCCGCCAGGAAUUGGUGUCUGUAUCUUAUGAAACCAAUGUUUUGGGAUUCAGAGGACCCCGGAAAAUGGCUGUCAUUAUUCCUUUGAUGAACCAGGACUGUGAGAGAGUAUGCAUAAGGCCACGCAACGAACAUGAGACCCUUUUAGCUCGGUUUCAGAAUGGAAAUAUGGAGAAUAUUUCAGUUCUCCACAACAAAGCACCAUCAUGGAAUGAGGAGACUCAGUCCUACGUUCUGAACUUCCAUGGACGUGUCACCCAGGCCUCUGUGAAGAACUUCCAGAUAAUAAAUGAUGAUGACCCGGAGCACAUUGUCAUGCAGUUUGGACGUGUCGCAGAGGAUGUUUUCACCAUGGAUUUCAGCUAUCCGCUGUGCGCCCUACAAGCGUUUUCCAUCUGUCUGUCCAGUUUCGACAGCAAACUUGCCUGCGAGUAGAGUUUGAAUAACACAUCAAAGUAGGCUGCAUAUGGAAACUAAAGGGGACUGUCAACAGGCUUAUGCUGCCAGAGGUAGCCCUGGCAUUCAUGGGCACCAGGCUCCCCCCAGAUGAAUGACAGAUUUGCUGUAUAUAGGGAAAAGGCUGCCAAUCCACAGUGGAGGGAUAGCUGAGCUGGCAGGUCAUGGAUGGCGAAGACUACAGAAAGCAUGCAUUACCAGUGCCUGCCUCCUGCUGACCUUGAGAAAACAACUGCACAAAACAAAAUGACCGCUGGUGAAAUCUAAGGGGAGAUUUAUCAAACUGGUGUAAAGUAGAACUGCAAUCAAAUUCCACCUUUCAUUUUGGAAAGCUCCUUUGUAAAAUGAAAGGUGGAAUCUGAUUGGUUGCUAUGGGCAACUAAGCCAGUUCUACUUUACACCAGUUUGAUAAUUAACCCCCUAUGUCUCUGCCACUAGUUUAUGCUUAAAUUGGUGACAUUUUCCCGUUAAAUAUGACCUGACUGCCCUCCUGACAUGUCUAUUUUAGUAAAUACAUUUAUUCCCCUUAAAAUGGCAUAUGCAGUGUGCAGUUCCUCUUAUUCAUCCUGAAAAUGCAUGAAUUAAAUUGACAAUUGGGUGUUACCAUUCCCCUUGGAGUGUGUCUCUAUAUAGUCUAACAUUGCAACAUUGUCCUGUAAGUGUUGACAGUGUUGUAUUGCAGGUACAGUGACAAGGGGAACAGUAACACUUAUCAAGUUACAGUAUUUAUACAUUUCCAAGAGGUAUAACAGAGGAGCAGCACAAUAUGGAUAAGAUACCCCAGCAUUGAUAUUGCAUGAGUAAUACAAGUGUUUACUAAUAAAGACCUAUGAAGAAAACAGACACGUCCUCUUUAAAGGGUUUGUCCACUUCUCUUAUAUAGAUGGCCUUUCCUCAGGACACCGAUACUCCGCCGCCCCACCGAUAAGCUGUUCUGGAGUAGCUUCUUCAUUGUGUAGUGGAUGGAACUGGAUAAAGCAGUGCUGCUCUCAUUGAAGUGAAUAGGCCAUAUUAAAGGAGUGGACAACUGCUUUAAAGCGGUUUUCUGGGACCGUCAACUGUUAAGGUGAAGGCCCCUGGCCUGCAUCACCUCUUGAAACAGUCAUACUUGUUCCUCACAGCUCCGCUUCUGCACGCUGGUGUCCAGCCCUAUGCCAACUGUCCCCCGGCUUGCUUCCUUCUCGCUGGGGCGUGUGCAAGGUCAUAUGUGACCCUCUGGCCUCAGCGGUGACAUGUCACUUGGGGAUUUGUCACUGCUGCGGACGGAUCACGGACCUAAUCAAGUUGAAUUGAUCUUGAUCUGUUGCGGCAGCCGCACUGAUGGUGCCCGUGCAUUGGGGACAGCAAAUUGCGGCCCCCAAUGCAUUGAACAGCCGAACAACGGUCGUGUGAAUGAGCCCUAGCAGUUUAUAUUCCCAGAAAACCCCUUUAAGAUUCACUUCUCUUUUUUUUUUUUCUAAGGAGGUUUCCAGGCCUGAAACACCUAAGACUAUUUUCCCAAAUGUUCAGAACUUUUCAAAUAAACUUUAUAAUAUACUCACCAGUAACAUUUUGCUCGGGUUAUACCCCUCUCUGUCAGUCACCGAGGUCCCCAAACACUUCUUGUUGUCAUCACUGGGCAAUGACUUGAGAUGUCUCUAUGGACAACUUGUCACAAAACUGGGCAGUGAUUGGCUACCACAGUCAUGUGACAUUAAACAAUGCCAGAUGGCAACAAUAAUAUUCUCAGUGGUUCGAAAAUCCCUUUAAAGGGAACCUGUCA